CUUGUUUUUAAUACAACUCAUCUAGAGAGAUAAUAAUGAAGUUAAAUGGGAGGGCAUUGCUCAUCUCGUUUUUGGUCACACAAAGUGUUGCAAUUCUAACCUUUGCUAAAGACUUUGAUUUCUUUUACUUUGUUCAACAGUGGCCAGCAGCAUAUUGUGACUCAAGGCGAGGUUGCUGCUACCCGAAAACUGGGAAGCCAGCCGAAGAUUUCAGUAUCCAUGGGCUUUGGCCUAAUAAUCUCGACGGCUCAUAUCCAUCUAACUGUGAUCCCUCCAAUCGGUUUGAUGGCUCAAAGGUUUCGGAUCUUAAAAGUGUGUUACAAGAACAUUGGCCAACACUUACAUGCCCAAGUGGCGACGGCUUGAAAUUUUGGCGUCACGAAUGGGAAAAACAUGGUACUUGUGCAGAAUCAGUUUUUGAUGAGCGAGGUUACUUUGAGGCCGCACUUUCUCUCAAGAAAAAGGCGAACCUUCUCCAUGCUCUCGAGAUUGCAGGAAUUAGACCUGCUGAUGGGAUUUUUUACACACUGGCCCAAAUCAAAGAUGCAAUUACAAAGGGUGUGGGUUAUGCCCCUUUCAUAGAGUGCAAUGUAGACUCCUCAGGGUACCACCAAUUAUACCAAGUGUACCAGUGUAUCGAUGCAUCGGCUUCUAACUUCAUCAAAUGCCCGGUUUUUCCUCACGGAAGACCCUGCGGAGAUCAAGUUGAAUUUCCAUCGUUAUCCUCUGCUUCGAGUCGUGAUGAACUCUAGAUCAAUUCUCCAAAUCAAUUCUUUAUUGGAUAUUUUGAAUUUUGAAGUAAAUAAAUUCUAUUUUGGACAUGUAACUCCUGAUUAUAAUUAUGUUUUCUUUCUGUCAUGAGGGUGUAUGAUAUGUUAAAAGUCACUUAGUUUCAA